AUGUGGAAACGUCUCAAUGCCCCAAGGAGUAGUGGUACUACAGCUCGUCAAUCGUCCAUCAGUGAACCUGUACUGGUCGAGACAACUAUUUUUGAGAAAUCUUACGGAGCGACUGGUGGAAUAAAUGUUGAUAUAAAUAUGUCAUCUUCGGAUAGAAAUGCUCCUCAUCCGUCAAGACCGACAAGAGAAAAUACUCCAAAAGGAUUACCACUUCUACCAUUUGAAGCAGUUCCUCCCAUGCAUUCUCGCCAAAAUUCCGAUAAUUUCAGACCGGUUUCUUCUGUCUACUCACAGCCUUCUCUAGGCCCUAUGCAUGAUCAAUUUCCAUAUAAUACAUAUGCGAAACCCAUGACUCCAAAUUCAGCAGAGGUAUCACCUCCAAGCUCUCCGGAGUUUGAUGGAAUGCGACGAAACCCAAAUCGAUAUCAAGAUCAUGAGGUUUCUCCGAUCGAUGAAGUACCUGAUAUUUCGCAACUUGGAUUUGGGAAGUCGAAAGAAAGGACGGAUUCCAGGUUGAAGCCACCAUCGAGCAAUAUUCCUGUCAUGCGAAGAGAAAAGAGGCGAAACCAAGUCGCAGCAGUAGCAGCCAACUUAUUAAACCGCAAAGAUGUCGAUGGGCCCAAGGUUAGAAGAACGGCGGAUGGAAAAUGGGAUCCAUAUUCUGGUGAAACUACAAGCGAAAAGGCAAAAUCGCAAUUUGUCAAGCCAGGAGAAUAUUCACCACCUCACUUGGGAUAUAGUAGACAGAUGGGGAAUACAUCAAUCAUUAGCGCCGGUCCGCAGAAACCCCAAAAUCAGCCAUCUUUUGGAGAACGUGUUCGCAAAUUGAAGAAUAAUGCGCCGGUAGAGAAACCAGAAUGGAAGGGGGCAACAGGACGUUCAAAAAUCGUGCCCGCACCGUCAGAUGAUUAUACCAUUCCUCCACUUAAUAUUCCAAUUCCAGUUCCAGCGAGGAGCGAAAGACGCAUUACAUCAGGCACAAGUACCCCUGUAUCUUCCAUCCGAAGUGCAAAUAGUGAAACGGCGGCGGCACCAAGUUUCAUGGAUCUACCCGACCCAGUAUCUAUCAAUGCAGGACCAUUGUUCAGCGAUCAAAACAAUCCACAAACCUAUAACGAACCCUUGAUUCAAAACCUCGAACCUAUUCAUGCGACUCACCUUACAAAUUUCACCAGCGAUAUUACUACAGAAUCCCCUACCGCAUAUUAUCCUUCGCAUUCGAAGACAGAUUCCACAGGAACCAUUGAACGAAAUUUUCGAGAAGCUCUCAAGAAUUCUUUUCCUUCCAUCGAUCCAAACGAACCAUACGUCCAGCCACCUUCGCGCUUUAGUGUCAGUACAAAGGCCACUUCAGAAGCUACCCAAUCUACCAGAGCACCCUCACUUGACAUACAAAACGAGAUGCAUCCUCCACUCCCAAUUCAGUCCUAUACUAUGACGACUCAAGGACCUACUUCAAUACUAUCUCGAAAGCGCCCUAAGGUCAUCGCUGAUGAUAGCGCGUCUAUUUAUUCUACGAAGAGUAUUACUCGCAAAGCUAUUAACUCAAAUAGUCCAAUAACAAUCUCUAUGACUUCUUCUCUUCCCCGCGAACACCCACCGCGCUCUUCAUCCACUGACACAAAAUCUCUCCCCAGCACUCCUGCCGAAAGCGCAUCGUCUGAUCCUAUAUCUACUCUGGAAGCGCGUCUCGAAGCUCUUAAACAUCGCCGACAGAAUAUUGAAAAAUCAAUUAAACAGAUGACGGAACUUAUGCCAGCGGAUCGAAUGAUUGUUACGGAGGAAGUGAGGAGGAAGAGGGAGACGGAGAAGAAGCAAAUUGAGACAUUGAGAGAGGAGGAAGCGGAGAUUAGGAAGGAGGAACAUGAGUGUGGAUUGAAACUACAUAGGGCGUGGAAGAGGAAAGACAAGCAAGCCGGAUAUGAGGAAACGGGGUUAUGGGUUAGGAGAGUUACUGGUUAG